AUGUUGAGACAAAUAAAACCCCGCAACGCCCGCUCCAAGCGCGCUCUGGAGAAGAAGGCGCCCAAGGCCAUCGAGAACCCGAAGUCCUGCCUGUUCCUGCGCGGCACCACCUGCUCGCAAAUCGUGCAGGAUGCCAUCACCGACCUGUACUCGCUGAGGGUCCCUCUGGCCAAGAAAUUCACCAAGAAGAACGCCAUCCACCCCUUCGAAGACCCCGCCUCCCUCGAGUUCUUCUCCGAGAAGAACGAUGCCUCCCUGCUCGUGUUCGGCAGCAGCUCCAAGAAGCGCCCUCACACCCUGACCAUGAUCAGAACCUUCGGCCACAAGACCCUGGACAUGCUCGAGCUGCACCUCGACCCCCAGAGCCACAGAAAGAUUGACCAGUUCAAGGGCCGCAAAUUCGCCGUCGGCUUGAGGCCCAUGAUCGUCUUUGCUGGCACCGCAUUCGACAGCCCCGUCGCAAACGAGUACACCAUGGCAAAGAGCUUCUUCCUGGAUUUCUUCAAGGGCGAGGGCUCCGACAAGAUCGAUGUCGAGGGACUUCAGUACAUUGUGUCAAUCUCAGCCGAGGAGCCGUUGGGAGACGACGACAAGCCCGCCAUCCACCUCCGAGUCUACCUGAUCUCGACCAAGCGCAGCGGCCAGAAGCUGCCCCGCGUGGAGGUUGAGGAGAUGGGCCCGCGCAUGGAUUUCCGCGUCGGCAGAAUGCAGGAACCUGACGCGGAGAUGCUGAAGGAGGCCCUCAAGAAGCCUAGGACCAAUGAGGAGAGGACCAAGAAGAACGUGACGACAGACUCCAUGGGUGACAAGCUCGGCAGAAUCCACCUGGGCAGACAAGACCUGAGUGAGCUGCAGACGAGGAAGAUGAAGGGUCUCAAGAGAAGUCGUGACAUGGACGAUGAGGUGGCUGCUGGCGACGACGACGAGGCUCCUAAGAGCAAGAAAUGA